AAAAGUUUCCCGGGCCUUUUGGGGUCAUUUUUUGUGGAGCUACCUCGUCCAAUGACCGAUUGUUUGUCGAUGUGUCGUGGAGUUAUUACCUUACCCUCAGUGUGGCGAGGAGCGUCUUGUAGUAAACAUUGCCCGGUCCUAGCCAGUGACCAGGAUAGUGUGGCCGCCUUCACUCUUUCGCAGUGCUUACCUACUUCUGCAGCUAGGUGUACAAAGAUGACAUCUCUACCGUCCAUUUCCCUCAUUCUUCUGCUCGCGUUGUGUUCCACCGUCCUGUGUUCGAGCCGUCUCUCAGCCGAGCGCGAGCGUGACCGCUGGCUGCGCUCCGGAGGUCGCGCCGGUGACCCAGAGGUUGACCUGAGGCGCUCUGAGAUCAGCUCCUGGCGCACAGGUCGCGCUGGAGACUGGCGCCGCGACAGGUCCGACCGGUACACCGAGAGGUACAGCUCGCGACGCUGGCAGAGACCGGGAGAAUCUCGAUCGGACGCCGUAUCUCGUCCAACUACCCCCGACACACCAGCGGUGAAGACGAGCUCACCUGCGGCGUCAUCAGGACGAGCCAGUCAGAAAACUCACUCAGCUGCCUCCAAAACUACCGAGGCAGUCUCCGAGGAGAGACGGCGUCACUACGAACAGCGGGUGUCGUCCCAGGGCUGGCGACAGGCCGAUGAUAACAGGAGACCCUGGCGUUACGGAGAUAGGGCGCCGACCCGUACCGCGACUGCCAUGCAGAAGCAGCCGAUAGAGGACCUGAGCACAGAGAGCACCCGACACGGGUCCAUGGAGAGCAUCGAACCCUAUGAAGAGCUCAAAGAAAACCGCACAGUCACGCGUCAGGGAAAAUUUUUGUCGUUGCUGAAGCUGGUGCGUUUCACGAAUUUCGUGUGUAACGCCACGUCGGGCUCGAACGGCACGUGCUACACCUCAGCCGAGUGUUCACGACUCGGUGGGGUGGAGGAGGGCACGUGCGCACAGGGAUACGGAGUCUGCUGCGUCGUGAUGAAGAGCUGUGGCGACACGACCAACGUCAACAACACGUAUUUUGUCAACGAGAACUACCCGUCCUCGUACGACGGCACUGGCUCGUGUCAGCUGCAGGUCACCAAGGCCAACUCCAACAUCUGCCAGCUCAGACUUGAUUUCGACAUAUUCACCAUCUCCCAGCCGGAGUCGACGAACCACCUGUGUCUGAACGAUCAGUUUGUGGUGGACGCCGCCAGUCCGGUGCCGUCCAUCUGCGGCAUCAACACCGGCAACCACAUGUACAUCGACACGGGGGUGCUGAACACGUCGGCACCCAUCACGCUCUCCGUGGUCACCUCCGGAGUCACGUUCGCCCGCUCCUGGAAGAUCCGCGUCUCACAAAUUCCGUGCAACGAACUGUACACAGCGGAGCCCGGCUGCUUGCAGUACCACACCGGCGUCUCGGGAAAGCUACAGUCCUUUAACUUUGAGUUCACCUCCGGCCUGCAGCUGUCCAACCAAGACUACGCCAUCUGCAUACGCAUGGAGAGGAACUUCUGCGGCAUUCAGUACCAGCCCUGCGUCGAUGCCGCGGGCAGCUCGGCCGGCUCGUUCUCCCUCGGAGGCAGCUCUGCCACGCCUGUGAACGCCGUCACGGGCAGCAGCUGUUCCUCUGACUGGCUCAUCGUCCCCUGCGCCUCCGAUAACGUGAACAGCCCCCUGACGACGAUGAGCGACGGCAACGUAUGCGUGGACCGUCUGUGUGGCGACCAGUUCAACACCGUCUCCGGCUCCACGGCCUCUGCCGCCGCCUACAGUUUUACCAAGCCGUUCCGUCUUUUCUACCACACUGACUCCCAGGAGGGAGCCAGCACGCCGGCAGAGGACGGAAACCGGGGAUUCUGUCUGGACUAUGUACAGCAGCCGUGCACGUCCUAAGUCCAGGUGUUGGACAAUGAUUGUACAAUGUUGUUCGCUGUUACCCCUCCUUCCUGUUGAUACGAGAGUACUGUGGAGUGUUAAGAGUGUUUGUAAACAGUAGUGAAAUGUCUUUUUGAGCCCUGAAUGUGAAGCGUGGUUGUGUUUUUGCCUACUUGCUGGAAUGCGAAUUUGAGCAUUGUUGGAUAGAUAGUCCUCGAUUGCCUCUUCAAGUGAAGCACAUUUUUUCUUAUUGGAAAAUGAAAUUUCGUGUUUCGCACGAUAGAAUGUAAAUACGCAUUGGUUUGCUGAACAUUAACAUAUGAACACGUAUACUACUGAUAUUAAUGUCACAAACAAGGGAGAGUAGGUGCACGGCUGGAUGGGGUGCAUUAUGAAAGUACAAGUGUAUAAAUAAAGCAAGUAGAUCCACAAGCAUCAAAUA